CCAGUGAAAGCGGCAUUUUAAUCGAGGGAGUCGGUGCUCGAUUGCUCUGGUCUGACGCGAAUAUGGCAGAAUCGGAGUAUAAUAAUGUUUCAGUUCCUCGCUUGAGCUCCCUUCUACAAAUGGAUCCUUACCUCAAAACCUUUGAAAAGGACUUCCAGAGGAGGUAUGGGCUGUUUGAGAAGCAGCUCACACUCCUUGAGGAGGCCGAAGGAGGCUUUGAUCAGUUCACACGCAGCUAUAAGGGUUACGGAGUACAGCGGAUGCCAGACAACAGCCUCGUCUUUAAGGAGUGGGCCCCAGCCGCCGAGGCUCUGUUCCUCACUGGAGAUUUCAAUGGCUGGGAUAAUUUUUCACAUCCCUACAGUAAAAAAGACUUUGGGAAAUGGGAGCUGCACAUACCCCCAAAAGAGGACAAGACACCUGCUGUCGCUCAUAACUCCAAGCUGAAGGUGGUUGUUCACACCAGUGCAGGUGAGCGGCUGUACCGAAUCUCACCUUGGGCAAAGUAUGUGACCAGGCAUGAGAAGUCCGUCAUCUAUGAUUGGGUACAUUGGGACCCUCCUCAACCUUACAUUCACAAGCACCCUCGUCCACAGAAGCCAAGGAGCUUACGGAUAUAUGAGUCCCAUGUUGGCAUUGCUUCUCCGGAGGGCAAAGUGGCAUCCUACAGCAACUUUACACACAACGUGCUGCCUAGGAUCAAAGAUCUUGGUUAUAACUGUAUUCAGCUGAUGGCGAUCAUGGAGCAUGCAUACUAUGCUAGCUUCGGUUACCAGGUCACCAGUUUCUUCGCAGCAUCAAGUCGUUACGGCACCCCUGAGGAACUCAAGGAGCUGAUUGACGUGGCUCACUCUCUGGGUAUCAUCGUCCUGCUCGAUGUGGUGCACAGCCACGCAUCCAAGAACACAGAGGACGGGCUGAACAGCUUUGACGGCUCUGACUCCUGUUUCUUCCACAGCGGGCCCCGUGGAGAACACAGCCUCUGGGACAGCAGACUCUUCAACUACUCUGGCUGGGAGGUGUUGCGAUUUCUCCUGUCAAACCUGCGCUGGUGGAUGGAGGAGUACAGAUUUGAUGGAUUCAGGUUUGAUGGAGUGACGUCUAUGCUCUACCAUCAUCACGGGAUCGGAUCAGGAUUUUCCGGGGAUUAUACUGAAUACUUUGGUCUCCAUGUAGAUGAGGACUCUCUUCUCUACCUCAUGUUGGCAAACCAUAUUUUGCACACCCUCUAUCAGGACUGCAUCACUAUUGCAGAGGAUGUGUCCGGUAUGCCCACCCUUUGCCGUCCAGUCCAAGAAGGAGGUCUGGGUUUCGACUAUCGCCUGGCUAUGGCUAUUCCCGACAAAUGGAUUCAAAUCCUUAAGGAGUUCAAGGAUGAAGACUGGAACAUGGGAAACAUCGUGUACACAAUGACCAACAGGCGAUACGGCGAGAAAUGCAUCGCUUACGCCGAAAGCCACGACCAGGCCCUGGUGGGAGACAAAACACUGGCCUUCUGGCUGAUGGACAAGGAUAUGUACACCAACAUGAGCGCUUUGAUUCCCAUGAACUCCGUUAUUGAUCGGGGCAUCCAGCUCCACAAGAUGAUCCGACUGCUUACCCACGGCCUGGGAGGAGAGGGCUACCUAAACUUCAUGGGAAAUGAGCAGAACACUCAGCAGACCAUCGUUACGGACCCCCUCAGCAUACAGCCGAACGCUGCUGCCCACGGCAACAAUGAGAGUUAUCAUUACGCCCGCCGGCAGUUCAACCUCAUAGACUUGGAUCACCUGCGUUACCGGCAGCUGUACGCUUUCGACCGAGACAUGAACCGCACGGAGGACAAGUACGGCUGGCUGGCUACUCCCCCGGCUUACAUUAGCGCCAAACAUGAGGGAGACAAGGUGAUCGUCUUCGAGAGGGCCAACGUCAUCUUCAUCUUCAACUUCCACCCAACCAACAGCUACAGCAACUACAGAGUGGCAGUGGGGCCGCCGGGGAAAUAUAAGAUCAAACUGGACUCGGAUGAAAUCCAGUAUGGAGGUCAUGGCAGACUGGACCACAACACUGAGUUCUUCACUGAACCAAUGGAAUUCAACAACCUGCCCAACUCUAUAUUGGUUUACAUUCCCUGCAGAACCGCUAUUGUUCUGGCCAACGAGGAAAUCGAUUACUGCUACUGAAACACAAUCAGCGAUUCACCGCCAGAUGGAAACCCAGCACACUUCUGUGACUCAACCCACCUCCAUCCACAGCGUGUUUGCCAUCAUCCUUUAGAAAGCCCACGUUUUCCCGAGAAUUGAGUACAAGAUGUUAUGAAUACCUUCUAUCCCAUUUCUGUUCGAGUCAUUUUUUCUCUCAUUGUUCACAGAUUAUUGAUUAUCAAGAAUUAGUUUCUCAAUAUCCCACUGCCCAACUGAGCUAAAGUCUGAUUGUCAAACCCUGUUAUGUUAAAAUUCUAACAAAACUUCAUUCAAAUGGUUAGAUCAUUGCCAGAUCUUAAUUACUACUGAAAUUGCUAUUCAACUGUGAAUAAUGUUAAAGUAAAUAAGGUAACACUUUACUUGAAGGGGUGUGCAUAAGACUGACAUGACACCUUCAUAA